AAACGACAGAACUGUGUUGUUUUGUCGAUAGUGGUUGUGUCCGUUUCAAAUGUAUCAUUACCGACUCAGAUUAAGUCUGAGGCCGGUAACAUCAACAGUGAGGACAAUCCCAGCCUGCCACUCUCCUUCCACACUGAGUCCAAACCUACAGUCACUGGGUCCUGAUUGUGACAGUGGAGUCCAGUUUGCACUGCAGGAUCCAGAGAUGGCAUCAGUGAAGCUGGAAGACUGCAGUCAAACAGUGGAACUGAAUGCCAACAUUAAAGAUGAAGAAGAGGAAGAGAAGAUUAGGACAACUGUUAGUCAUGGAGACCAUGUUGAGACAUUCUCUACAUCCAGAGAGCAUCAGCAGGAAGAUCAGAGAGCUAAGAGGUCUCAUCACUGCCCACAUUGUGAAGACAUUUUCCCAUUUCAAUCAAAGCUAAAAAUGCACCUAAAAAUACACACAGGAGAGAAGCCUUAUUCCUGCUCUGACUGUGGAAAAUGCUUUAAAACAUCAACUCAGCUAAAAGUUCAUCAGAGAACACACACAGGAGAGAAGCCUUAUUCCUGCUCUGACUGUGGAAAACGUUUUAAAACAUCAACUCAGCUAAAAGUUCAUCAGAAGACGCACACAGGAGAGAAGCCUUACGUCUGCUCUGACUGUGGAAAAUGUUUUAAAACAUCAAAUAAGUUUAAAGUUCAUCAGAGAACACACACAGGUGAGAAGCCUUUCUUCUGCCCUGACUGUGGAACUAGUUUCUCUCAUCUUUCUCACUUAAAAUCACAUGAACGUAUACAUACAGGAGAGAAGCCAUACUCCUGCUCUGACUGUGGAAAAAAAUUUAAAACGUCAAAUGAGCUAAAAGUUCACCAGAGAACACACACAGGAGAGAAGCCUUUCUUCUGCCCUGACUGUGGAACAAGUUUCUCUCAUCUUUCUAACUUAAAAUCACAUGAACGUAUACAUACAGGAGAGAAGCCUUACAUCUGCUCUGACUGUGGGGCAAGUUUCUCUCGUCUGGACACCUUAAAAACACACCAACGUAUACACACAGGAGAGAAGCCUUACUCCUGCUCUGACUGUGGAAAAUGCUUCACAACGUUAACUGAUCUAAAAGUUCAUCAGAGAACACACACAGGAGAGAAGCCUUAUUCCUGCUCUUACUGUGGAAAAUGUUUUAAAACAUCAACUCAGUUAAAAGUUCAUCAUAGAACACACACAGGCGUGGAGCCUUACGUCUUCUCUGACUGUGGAAAAUGUUUCACAACAUCAACUGAUCUAAAAGUUCAUCAGAGAACACACAUAGGAGAGAAGCGUUAUUCCUGCUCUGACUGUGGAAAAUGUUUUAAAACAUCAAAAGAGCUAAAAGUUCAUCAGAGAUCACACACAGGAGAGAAGCCUUAUUCCUGCUCUUACUGUGGAAAAUGUUUUAAAACAUCAAAUAAGCUUAAAGUUCACCAGAGAACACACACAGGAGAGAAGCCUUACGUCUGCUCUGACUGUGGAACUACUUUCUCGCAACUUUCCAACUUAAAAUCACAUGAACGUAUACAUACAGGGGAGAAGCCAUACUCCUGCUCUGACUGUGGAAAAUGCUUCAAAACAUCUACUAAGCUAAAAGUUCAUCAUAGAACAUGUGCAUUUGAGCAUUAGAAAAGUCUUACUCCUGUUCUGACUGUGGGGUGAGUUUCUCUCAACUGGAUACCUUAAAAACACACCAACAUAUACACAGUGGUGAAGAUUUACUCCUGCUCUGUGGAAGGGUGGGCGUGUAACUCAAACUUCUAGCCAAAGGCUGCUAUGUUUAGAAUCUCAUCAAGGAGGAUUGUAGCAUUUUAGCUAAUUAGCAACUUUGCAACUUCUUACGACUACUUACUACUUUUUAGCUAUUACUUAGCAUGUUAGCUUAGCAUGCAACUACUAAGUAUGUCAGGUAACCUUUCCCCUAAAACCAUUUAACCCCUCACCCCUAACCUAGCUAACCUUAGCAACAACAAAUUGGAAUUCGUAACAUAUUGUAUGAAUAGCAAUGCGUAGAAUAACAUAAGAAUUGUAAUUCGUAACAUACGAUACAAUUCAUUAUUAUACUGAACCACAAUCUAAAUGCAACAAUUACAAAGAUUUAUAGUUCGUAUAAUGAAAUCAGUCAUUUUAAAUAAAUGAGGCCCUAAUCUAUGGAUUUCACAUGACUGGGCAGGGGCUCAGCCAUGGGUGGGACUUGGAAGGGCAUAGGCCCACUUGGGAUCCAGGCCCAGCCAAACAGCAUAAGUUUUUUCCCCACAAAAGGUCUAUAUUACAGACAUAAAUACUACUCAGUAUACAUAAAUACUACCCCCCCCCCCCCCGUGGUUACAUGAGGCCGGUUGGAUGUACUGCCAAAUGGUAGAGAUAUUAAUAUUGAGUUCUCUGGCAACAGCUCUGGUGGACAUUCCUGCAUUCAUCAUGACAAUUGCACAUUCCCUAAUCUUGAGACAUCUGUGUUGUGUGGCCUUUUAUUGUCCCCCAGUACAAGUUGUAAUGAUAAUGCUGUUUUAUCAGCAUCGUGAUGUGCCACACCUGUCAGGUGGAUGGAUUAUCUUGACAAUGGCUGAAAUGCUCACUAACAGUAUAUAUAAACAAAGUUGUGCACAACAUUUGCUUUUUGUGCACAUGGAACAUUGUUGGAUUUUUUAAAUUUCAGCUCAUGAAACCAACAUUUUAAAUGUUUAGUUUAUAUUGGUAGUCCAAUGUUAUGUAACGUAAUGGAGUGGCACGGAUGUUUUUUGUAUCAUAUAAACGUUUUGCUCUGAGACCAGGUUGUCCCUCUGCAGUAUUCUGUGUGAAGGAGCUCGUAGAUACUUUUUUUAUUGAACCUUUACUUAACUUGGCAAGUCAGUUCUUAAUUCUUACUUACAAUGAUGGCCAAGGAACAGUGGGUUAACUGCCUUGUUCAGAGGCAGAACGACAGAUUUUUACCUUGUCAGCUCGGGGAUUCGAUCUUGCAACCAAUGCUCUAACCACGAGGCCACCUUCCGCCCCUAACAUGUAUCAGAUAGAGAUGGUAUGAUGAUCACUUUUCACCAUAAAUUUGGGGGGAUUCGUUUACAACUUUAUUUAAUGAUACACCGUUUAUGAAAUUAAUCCAUGUGUUUAUUAAUGGUCUUUAAAACUAGAUUAGUUAUUUUAGUUACUGAUCAUGAAUGUGUUGGAUAACUGCAUUGAAGCAAACUUUUUUGAUCUGCCAAUGAAAAAUAAAGUUACAUGAAUAUGUACUGGUA